AUGCCACCAAAAGGAAAUCAAAUUCACGUAAGCAAUAUUCAAAGUUUGGCUAAAAAUGAAGAAGUAGAAUAGUUGCUAUCAAGCAUUGGACCAUUGGCAGAGUGGACACCAAAGUAUUAGAGUAACUUAAAUUGAUAGACGAGAGGGAGAAGUGAAAUUCUCAUGUAUGGCUGAGUAUUAUGAUGAAUUUACAGCCAAUAUUGCAGUGGAGACAUUGAAUGGUUACAAAUUUUAGGGGAGAGAAUUGAAAGUGAAAUCGCAAGCAAAUAUAAGCACGUACAAAAUAUGUAUGAUUUGUUUAUUAUAUGUUUUUUUAUUACAGUACCUUAUGCUAUCGAGAAAGUGAAUUAUAAAACAUCGAAUACAUAUAGUAUGGGUUUGCCUUUAGAGGAAUUUUACGGCAGUCUCACGACCACUAAAAAAUUGGCAAUUGUCAUAGAUUUGAAACAGGCCUUUUAAAAUAGAGAGGACUUGUUGGAGAAACUUCUGCUGGAGAAUCCAAGAAUGAGCGAAUUCAUUUUGAAAAUUCAGAAAGAUGUGAUGAAGGAAUUUAAAGCAAGUAAUAGUAAAUAUUGAAUAACAAGAUAAUACUAAUAACAAUGACAUUUCGCAUAAUAGUCACUAUCAACAAUUUCAGGUACAUUCUAAUUUAUUUUUAGAAUCACCAAAGAUAUUGA